UCUGGUACCAACCCAAGUUCGACGUGAUGGUCGCCUCCGAAUGGGCAGCUCCGAAGAUUUUCAAGACCGGCUUCUUACCAUCUCACGUGACUGACCCCGAAGCUUAUGGAACUUCACUUAACAUUUAUUCUUGGACAGAGAGGAAGCUAAUUCAAACCAUCGAUCUUGGUCUGGAUGGAUGCGCUCCGCUGGAGGUCAGAUUCUUGCAUGAUCCGAACAUUUGCGAAGGAUACGUUGGAACCGCUGUUAACGCAAACGUCUACAGGUUCUACAAGAAAGCCGAUGGUACUUUCACCGUCGAUAAAGUCAUCGACGUUGAACAACUGAAAGUUGCAGGAGGAGAUUGGCCCAUGGAAUAUAUGCAAGGCUUCAUCAGUGAUAUCCUCUUGUCGUUGGACGACAAGUACCUGUACUUGAACAAUUGGCUCCAAGGAGACAUCCGCCAAUACGACAUUACAGACCGCGCCAAUCCGAGAUUAACUGGUCAAGUGUAUCUGGGUGGUCUUUUGCAAUCCGAUUCGCCAAUCAAAGUUAUUGAUAACGACAGCUACGUGCCACCUGAACCUGUCAUCAUCAAAGGAAAGCGUUUGCACGGAGGACCGCAGAUGCUGCAGCUUUCCCUCAAUGGAAAACGUCUGUACGUGAGCAACAGCUUGUUUUCCACUUGGGAUAAACAAUUUUACCCGGAUGGCGUGCGCGAAGGCGGCUGGAUCGUAAAGGUCGACAUUGAUCACGAAAACGGUGGAAUGACGCUUGACAGGAAUUUCAUUGUGGACUUUGGAAAGACCAAGCAUGGGCCAAUCCUUGCUCACGAAAUGAGAUAC